AUGGCUGCUGAAAUAUCAUCUAUCGAUCAACCACUCACGCCACCACCUCCUCCUGCAACGGUAAAGCGAGGCUCAAACCACCCUGUUCACGACACCCUAGCCAUUGCAGCCAAUCUAGCUAACCUCCUCCCUACAGGCACCGUCCUUGCAUUUCAAACCCUAACUCCGAGUUUCUCCAACAACGGAUGUUGCCAACAACUAUCCAAUAAGUUCCUUACUUCAUCUGUCAUAAUAAUUUGUGCUGUCUUCUGUUUCUUAUCUUCAUUCACUGACAGCUUCAUCGACAAUGACAAUGGUGGAAAACUCUAUUAUGGAAUCGCCACUUUCAAAGGCAUGUACAUCUUUAACAACAAUGACAUGGAGGAAGAUAUGAAUAAGUACCUGAAGAAGUAUAGAAUAAAGUUCAUAGAUUUUGUUCAUGCGUUCAUCUCACUACUUGUGUUCCUAAUCUUUGCUCUUACCAACUCCAACGUGCAAAGUUGUUUCUUUUCUGGAGUGGGAAUAAAUAUCAGUGAACUUGCAAUGAAAUUGCCACUAGGUGCAGGGGUUUUGUCAACCUUCUUGUUCACCAUAUUUCCAACUACUCGAAGAGGAAUUGGAUACGCAGACAUCAUCUCCACCCAAAGGACUGUCAAUGAUAUGUGA